AUGGGCCCCGGCGAGGAACCAACUCCACCUACGUCGACUAAGCGAGACCGGACCAAAUCUGGCACCAACAAGGUGCCAGAUGGUACCAGGUUCUCGCAGAUCAACCUGCCACAUUGCAAGGCGGCAACGGAUAUUCUCCUGUGCCGCCUAACCAUGGGGCAGACAGAUAUAGCCCUCAUACAAGAACCUUGGAUCCACAAGGAACGCGUAGGACGGCUAAACAUGGGGUGCGGCUCACUCUACUACGACGCCACAUCCACAAGGCCCAGGGCCUGCAUCUACGUCAAGAAGGAGAUAGCGGCCCUGAAACUCAACGAAUUCUGUACAGCUGACCUUUCAGCGGUUAAGGUCAAACUUAACCUCGGUGGGAACACGUCAGAGCUGGUGGUAUGCUCGGCGUACCUGCCGUACGACUCUGAGGAACUUCCACCUACGAGGGAACUCAGGGCCCUGAUAGCUCACUGUGCUGACAACGGUCUGCACCUGGUGAUUGGUUGCGAUGCCAACUCGCACCACACCGUAUGGGGCAGCACAAAUACCAACGGCAGAGGCACAGCACUGCUGGAGUACCUCGCCACCACGGGCUUGGAGAUCCUUAACAUAGGCUCCUCCCCCACCUUUGGUACCUCCCGCAGACAGGAGGUGAUUGAUCUGACCCUGGGCUCCGCCAAGGUGAUACAGGUCAUCAAACACUGGCAGGUAAGGGACAAGAGCCCGCUCUCGGACCAUCGCCUGAUCACUUUCAAACUAACAGGCAACAGGGAAGGCGGCACUGGUGAAGCUUACAGGAACCCAAAGGCCACCAACUUGGAACUCUAUAGAGAGGGCCUGGAGGGGAGGCUGAAGGGGAACUGCCAGCGUCUCAGGGCCGUAGGCGAAAUUGAGCAAGUGGUGGAACAACUGAGCUCCGCCAUUACUCAAGCCUACGAGGCUGCCUGCCCGGCCAAAAUUAGAAACAGUAGCAAAAGGGUCCCCUGGUGGAACUAG